AUGUUCCUGCUGGAAAUAUCUGUGCUGGUUCUAUUGGCUUUCUCAAUAACAGACACUGCCAAAGAGAAGAUUGUUGGGGGUUAUGAAGUCGUGCCGUACUCCAUCAAGUAUCAGGCAUCUCUUCAAUAUAAAAUCACGCUGAAUAAAUGGAGGCAUUACUGUGGAGGAACGCUGGUGCACCCCCAGUGGGUGUUGUCUGCUGCCCACUGCUGGCACCGGAGCAGUAAUGUAAGAGUGGUGUUAAGUGAAGACAGUCUUUCCACAACAGAAGGAUUUGAGCAGAAUUUUGCGGUUUCUGAAAUGCGUAUGCACAACUUUACCUACAGGACAUUCGACAAUGACAUAAUGCUAAUAAAGCUAAGCAAACCUGCAAAGCUGAACGCCAACGUUCAACCAGUCAAGCUGCCAGACCCAAAUAGCACUGAGCCAGCCAAAGGUCAAGUAUGCAGAGUGAGUGGCUGGGGUGCAACAUCAGCAUAUAGCUUCCGCCUGUCCCAAACUCUGCGGGCUGUUAAUGUGAAGAUCUUGGCUUCCUGUCGGUACUAUUACUAUUGGAUCAACACAACGCCAAACAUGCUUUGCGCUGGAUCUGAGUUGGGGGGAAAAGAUUCAUGCCAGGGCGACUCAGGUGGUCCCCUUGUCUGUGAUGACAUCCUGGAGGGCAUCGUUUCCUGGGGUAUCAGCUGUGCCAACCCAUACUACCCUGGAGUCUACACGAAAGUGAGGAACUACAUAACUUGGAUCGAAGACGUUAUAAAAGAGAAUACGUAA